GUUUGUGUGACGUCACGUCUUACCUGUGCGGGUGGGUGUUGUAAGUUUUUGGAUUUACCUGUAGCCGCAGGUAAUAACAUACACUGGGGAAGGAAGGAACAUAACACUGUGGAAUUUAUCAAAAGGAGUUUAGUCUUCUGUGGGUUGGGUUGGUGGCGAAUUAUUGGUCUCGAAAUCGGUCUCGAAAGAAAACACUGUUGGAGAGUUGAGAACGCGACUAACUCUACCCAAAGAAAUAACCUUUUUCCGUUCGGACUUCCGUGGUUGUUUCGGUGUUAAGAGUUACUAAAAAGUAUCCCAAACAAUUUAUGCGAGAGGACUGUUAUAAAGCUGUUCCCCUCACCUUUGAAGGGCCCGGGCACUUUGAGCCAUGCCUGGCCACAGCACAGGGGCUCCUCAGAAGUCCCGCCAUCAGAUACAGCAGAGUGGACACAGCAGGACAAAUGGCUAUAGGCAGGGUCGCAGCAUACCUAGGGACAGCACUGCCGGCCAAGAGUCCUACAAGGACCCUCAUCCGAACACAGGCACGCGGGAGCAGAAACGGGGAAAGCACCCUCGCCUCACAGAGGGCCGGCCAAGUGGCAGAGGAGUGCCCCCGUCGCGUCAUGUCAAUGGGCGAGGGUCCGAGACACUGGGCUUCAUCCCUGGCUCGGCUGACUCUCCCCAGGGCACCCAGGCCUGCGGCUCCUGCACCUCCAUCGGCUGGAGUGGCUGCAGGGCCCUCCUGUGUUGCGUCCUCACCUGCGGCAUCUGCAGUACCCGGAAACCCUGUUUGCCGGCGAACGACGAGACCUCAACGGACCAGCCGGGCAAGGCCGUCCAGGAGCAGCCCCGCCCGCCCAACGGCACCGCCGGGUCCAACCCUUCCGGGGGCGUCCCUCUGCAGCCACGGCAGCCUUCCAAGCUGCCCCCCAGCGACAGCUUCCGCUACGAGGAUGUCCGCAUCGCGGGCCAGACGGUGGUCUAUCCGGCGCCAUCCUCGGGCCCCAGGCGGGCGAAAGCGGGUGUCAAGGGCGACAGCCAGCGUCCGGUCAGCAACACCAGCACCAUCUACUCACGGGAGGACCUGGACCUGGACGAGCUGAGUGACAGCAAGACGAACAUCGACUCACUCAUCACCAAGAAGCUCCUGGAGCUCUACGCACUGCACCAGAUCGACCAGCUGGCCAAAUGCACGUCAGACUCAUCCUUCUCCAGGAAGACCAACGACAUCAGUGAGCUGAUCUGCAGCAUCGCCCACGACUACAACCUGGAGCAAAAGGAAGCCGAGUGCCGGCUUGUGCACGGCGUCAUCCGAAUCAGCACUCGCAAAGGCAAGAAGAACCACAACUCCCAGGAUCCCGUGCACCAGCGAACCAAUGGGAGGAGCGAUGGAGGGACACUACCCGACAGCGGCAACGAAACCAUGACGUUCCCCUUCGACAGUAGUGAGAUGGAGCCUGAGGUAAAAGUGUCAGAGCUGACGUCGUCAGACGAACUUGCCAGGAAGAUGUGGCACCACAGUGGAAAGCCAUAUUACUCCAGCUCGACCACGGCCUACUCGCCCUACCUGCAUGACACUGAGAACGAUUCGUCGGGAGCCCCGCUGCUGCACAUCGUCUGAACGUAGAGACAAUGUCAACACAACGUCCAGGGCACGACAUCCUCCAAGGCCUCCUCGGUUGGCCGGGCGACCCCCGUCCGUUGGGAAAAGUUUCUGCGUCAUUCCUCCGAUGCCGUUCCUCCGACGCCGUUCCGCUGUCCAGGUACCGUGAUACAAGGACAUCUGAAGUGACCGAGAGGAUCUUAAGUGUCAGACUAUUUAAGCCAUUGAUGUUACUCUGGUCUGGAAUCAGCUUGUCCUUCCAAACCAUGAUGAUCCACUAGGAAGACUCAGGGUUGCUUGUAAGGG